AGGGAAACCAAAGGACCUGCCUGGGUUCCCAUGGCCAUGGCCAGCACCUACAUCCCGGGGCUCAACCCUCAGAAUCCUCAUUAUAUCCCAGGGUAUACCGGACACUGCCCACUGCUUCGGUUCAGCAUGGGCCAGACCUAUGGGCAGGUGACUAGUCAGCUACUUCGGGGCCCUCCUGGUCUAGCCUGGCCACCUGCCCAGCGCACACUUCUGCCUCCCAUUCAGCCUCCAAGAUCUCCUGAGCUUCCCAAGUGCAGCCUACCCACCGGGUGCAGGCACAGAAGGCUGGGCUCCAGCAUGAUUCCUGGGUACACAGGUUUUGUACCCCGGGCACAGCUUAUCUUUGCCAAGAACUGCAGCCAGGUCUGGGCUGAGGCUCUGAAUGAUUUUACUCUGUGGCAUGGGGACCAAGGGAGUCAAGGACUAGCAAAGGAGACCAAGGGAGACAAAGACCAAGAGCCAAAUCCAGAGCCAGAGCUGGCAGAAGAAGAGGUGCCAGAGCUGAAGCUGGAGCAAGUGAGAACAAAGGUUUUACCCUACUCCAUGGAUGACGCAGACCCCCAGAAGUUCUUCAUGUCAGGCUUCACUGGCUACGUGCCCCGUGCCCGCUUCCUCUUUGGCUCCAGCUUCCCUGUGCUCACCAACCAGGCACUGCAGGAAUUCGGGCAGAACUACUCAAAGGGCAGUGCCCAGCAAGAUCCCAGACCUUUGCCCCCGCUUCCCAGGACCUACCUGCAGAAUCUUGGACUUCUCCCUCACUAUGGAGGCUAUGUGCCAGGGUAUAAGUUCCAGUUUGGCCACACAUUUGGGCAUCUAACCCAUGAUGAUUUGGGCCUGAGCACCUCCCAGAAGCAACUCCUGGCUUAGGUACCUGGUCUUCAAGU